UAGACUGUCAAGGUGACGUUGAUAUUGGUGCCAACCCAUCAGCCGAAGAAUCAGAGGAGGCUCUUGAAGAUGGACCAAUGAAAGUUAAUAAUAUUAUACAUUCAUUCCGGCUUCAAGAAACUUCAUUUGACAAAAAGGCCUAUACAACUUAUCUUAAAGGAUAUAUGAAAAAGCUUGCUGCACAUGUUCAAAAACAAAACCCAGAUAUUGAUAUAAAGGAAUGGCAAAAAAAAAUUCAGAGUUUCUCAAAGAAAAUAAUUGAUAACGUUAAGGAUUAUCAAUUUUAUACUGGUGAAAGUUUUAAUCAAGAUGGUAUGAUCGCAUUAUUGAAUUAUCGUGAGGAUGGUAUCACACCAUAUUUCACAUUUUUUAAAGAUGGUUUAUCUGAAGAGAAAGUGUAA